AAACGAGCAAGCCCCGAGCACCGACUUGACUUGUUCGUCGGCCACUUUUUAAAAUCCAAAAAAGAAAUUCAUUUUUUUUCUUCUUUACUACUUUCUCUGUUCCCCUCGCCGUCGCCGCCACCGCCACCGUGACCGGCAAGUGACCUCCGCCCCUCGCCGCGGCUCGCCGCCCGGCCGCCGCCAGGUUGCCUCGGAUGCGUGGAGGUCUGGUCGCCUCUGCGCGGCUACUCCCUCGCCCUCUCGUCCGGUGGUUUCUCCAGCGACGAGCUCAGCAGGUAGGAAUUAGGGGGUGCGUGUUUUCCGGCCCUUCUCUCUCCGCGCCACGCUUCUUGUUCCCGAUCUGAUUUGCUGUAGUCCGUAGAUUAGAUUGAAAAUUUCUCGCAGGAUGUGAGAAUCGUCGAUGUUUAACUACUGCUUUGCUUAUUUAGUUCUAAGUUCUAACCUACUAGGGGGGAGAGGUUUACUAAAACCCUCGAACGAAGUCUUUAGUGGUCUUCGGGGAUUGGUGUACUGUUGUUGGCAGGAAAUUGGUGGGAUAAUCUCUUGCGCCGUGAGCUAAAUUCAAUAUUUGGACCAAACCAACACAUCUGUGCACCAUGAAAGGGUCUGGACUUCAUGAUCAACCUAGAAUUGGAUAGUUCUUACUUUGUGGUCUGCUAUGCAUGUGCAAUGUUGAAUACAUUUGCACUAUUGCUUUAUACUUCUGAAUGAUGCAUAUUUCUUGGUUCUAUUGCAAAAUACUUAUGCACCAACUUGAUGUUUAGUCUGAAUCAUGGGGGUAUUCUUGUAGCCAUGAGCACAGCCAUGGAUGAUCCAGACGUCCUUACUGAAAAGAAGGAUAUUAAUGAGAACAUGUUGGGUGGCAAGAAAGUUAAAAUUAUAUUUGUUCUAGGUGGUCCUGGAAGUGGAAAAGGAACUCAGUGCAGCAAUAUUGUAGAGCAUUUUGGUUUUAUCCAUCUUAGCGCUGGUGAACUCUUGCGUGCAGAAAUCAAUUCUGGUUCAGAGAACGGAACCAUGAUUGACACUAUCAUAACGGAAGGGAAAAUCGUCCCAUCUGAGAUAACCAUAAAGCUUUUGCAAGAAGCCAUAAUAAAAGGUGGAAAUGACAAGUAUAUCAUUGAUGGAUUUCCACGGAACGAAGAGAAUCGUGUUGUAUUUGAGAGUGUUACCUUGGUUACUUACUUCCAACUGCUUCAGAUAAGCAUAUCUCCUGAAUUUGUUCUAUUUUUCGAUUGUUCUGAGGAAGAAAUGGAAAGGCGCCUUUUGGGUCGCAACCAGGGAAGAAGUGAUGAUAACAUUGAGACUAUCAGGAAAAGAUUGAAAGUUUUUGUAGAAUCCAGCUUGCCUGUCAUUGAGUAUUAUGAGUCAAAAGGCAUGGUUAAGAAGGUGUGUACAUUUGUAAUGGUUAUGCAUGCUUCUUGCAGUACAGUUUAUUCUCCCUACCGGAUUUAUAGACUUGUCAUCAUUUAAGAUAAUCACACAAUAUCAUAUAGUAAACUGCUGUAUGGUUCAGGGUCAAAACUUGAAAUUCACAGUACACAUGGAAUAAAGCAUGGUUUACUCUGAUCUCGUUUUGUGCACUGCAAUCAGCCAGUGAUGCACAACAUAUCAUAUCCUUAGCAGGGACCAUGGGGAAAAAUAAAACCCUUGAGUAGAGCACACAUAUUUGUGAGCUGAUUGGAUGUUUUCUUAAGUCUGAUAUAUGUAGAUUGUCAUUUUCAGGGUAUGUUAAUUGAUCGUUUGUGAUUGAAUUAACAUAUGGCCUCUAUCCUUUCUCAUCACUUGAUUCAUUACUCGAUUAAGUUGUUGCAUUGUGCAAAUGCUAUGUCAGAAAGUGUACAAUAAAGGCCCUGAAACUCCACAUAUAGCAACAAAUUUGCGCUGCAUGAUUAGAGUCCCAUUGCCACAAAGAAAUAUGAUAUUCAGUUCAGCAAACAGGGGAAGGUUAAGUAAGUGCAAGAACUUUGUGUUAAAAUGGUAUCUGUCAGUUGGAGACUACUUCGAUCACCAUCAUCAGAUAUGGCCAUAUUUUUGUGCACGUGCUCUAUCAGUUUCUGGUUGGUAUGUUUUGUCAACGCAUGCGCUUUUAUUACCUCCAGCUAAUCCAUUGUUUGAUCAGAUUGAUGCGACAAAACCAGCCCCUGAGGUGUUUGAAGAUGUGAAAGCCAUCUUUACCCAUAUGGCUUGAAGUCUGCUUAGAUUCAUCAGAAAGGAUGGCAAACGGAUGAAGUUCACAAUGUGUCUCAGAAAAGCAUGUACGCAUGCAGACUAUCUCUGCCUUUAACACCGAAAGCUCAUGUGCUGCCGACAUGUCACUAGAUAAUCCUUUGCCUGAAAUAAGUAGAUCUGUUUCUUGUUCGUGCUGGGGAGCCGGAGCACAUGCCUAGUGUUUUUGUGCACUCGUCGUUGCCCUGUGCACUUCCAUCAGUUCUUAAACUGAAACUGAUGUCACAUUCUCUGUGAACAACAAAUGAUCUCUGACCUAGUUUCCUGAUUUUGAUAUUGAGGGUGGGAGUCAGCAGCUUGCUGAUGCGAUCAUGGACGAGUCUCCCGUAGUCUGUAACCUUCUGUUGUUACUGUGUUUUUCUCUGAAAACUGGCCUUCCAAUGAUCGACUGGCAUGUUGCGUGUGAUUGUGUAUGGAUCAAUGGAGCCAGGCAGCCAGCAAAUGCUUGGUCCCCUGAAUUAUGUAGCUUUUGUUGUUCUUGUGUCA